CCCUCUACAUACGCAGAGAUUCAAGAACUAGACAAGUGAAAGCGCGUGUUUAAAACAAGGAAUAAGAGAGCCCGCACGAGCUGUUUUAUCUUACUUUUCUUCUUUUGCUUAGCUGUUUGACGGAGGUACAGUGACCUGUGCGGAGAUUCUUCAGUCUAUAAUACAAAAUUAUUUAAUUGUGAAAGCGUAAACAUUUUCGGAUCUUCCGUAGUGGUUUAGAUCGAAUAUCCAGCAUUUUCCCCUUAUAUUUAAAUCAGAUUCAGAUUAGUUGGUAAUUUGGCACCGGUCUGAUCGCGGUGUCAUAUCGGCUCUGUAUUGAUCACAUUCAGACUGUCAAUUGAUUCCCCCGCUGUAACAUCUGCAAACAGUGAGUGCAUCAUCUUCUAGGACACGACUGUGUGUUUCAGCACAGGGGAGACGGAGGAAAGGCGGAUGAUGAUGUUGAGGAUCGCAGAUGCUUUGGUCACUUUGGUGACUCUCUACUGUAUGGUCAAAGGGACUGUCGGCGGAUACGGCAUGAGCAUGUUCGCCGCUCAGACUUCCCCACCGGAUCCAUGUUACGACGAGAACGGUCAUCCCAGAAGAUGCAUCCCCGAUUUCGUGAACGCGGCGUUCGGGAAGGAAGUGCGUGUGUCCAGCACCUGCGGCAAAACACCGAGUCGGUACUGUGUGGUGACUGAGAAAGGGGAUGACAGGCACAGAAACUGCUACACGUGCGACGCAUCGGACCCAAAGAAGUAUCACCCACCUGCAUACCUAACCGACCUGAAUAAUCCUCAUAAUCUCACCUGCUGGCAGUCGGAAAAUUACAUUCAGUAUCCUCAAAACGUCACUUUAACUUUAUCCCUGAGCAAGAAAUUCGAGGUGACCUACGUGAGUUUGCAGUUUUGCUCACCUCGACCAGAGUCUAUGGCUAUCUUGAAAUCAAUGGACUACGGCAAGUCCUGGGUGCCUUUCCAGUACUACUCGACCCAAUGUCGAAAGAUGUACAACAAACCCAGCAAAGCCACCAUCACGAAGCAAAACGAACAAGAGGCCAUCUGCACGGAUUCUCACACCGACAUGCACCCUCUUUCCGGCGGGUUGAUCGCGUUCAGCACCCUGGACGGUCGACCCUCCGCGCACGACUUUGAUAAUUCACCCGUACUUCAGGACUGGGUGACCGCCACUGACAUUAAGGUGACUUUCAGCCGACUGCACACUUUCGGAGAUGAAAACGAGGAUGACUCGGAGCUGGCCAGAGAUUCCUAUUUUUACGCAGUGUCAGACCUGCAGGUCGGCGGCAGAUGUAAGUGUAAUGGACACGCGUCACGGUGCGUGAAAGACCGGGAUGGAAACCUCGUGUGCGAGUGCAAGCACAAUACAGCCGGUCCAGAGUGUGACAGAUGCAAACCGUUUCACUAUGACCGACCCUGGCAGCGUGCAACCGCCAGAGAAGCCAACGAAUGUGUCGCCUGCAAUUGUAACCUUCAUGCGAGGCGCUGUCGUUUCAAUAUGGAGCUUUACAAACUCUCCGGAAGGAAAAGUGGGGGAGUCUGCCUGAACUGCCGCCACAAUACAGCAGGUCGCCACUGCCACUACUGCAAGGAGGGCUACUACAGAGACAUGUCUAAGCCCAUCUCUCACAGAAAGGCCUGCAAAGCCUGUGAUUGCCAUCCUGUGGGGGCCGCGGGCAAAACCUGUAACCAAACCACAGGCCAAUGCCCCUGUAAAGACGGUGUGACGGGUAUCACGUGCAACCGUUGUGCUAAAGGCUACCAGCAGAGCCGAUCACCCAUUGCCCCCUGCAUAAAAAUUCCCAUUGCUCCACCAACCACUACUGCAAGCAGCACAGAGGGGCCCGCAGAUUGCGACUCCUACUGCAAGGCCUCCAAAGGCAAGCUGAAGAUCAAUAUGAAGAAGUAUUGCAAGAAAGAUUACGCUGUCCAGGUCCACAUCCUGAAAGCAGAAAAAGCCGGUGAGUGGUGGAAGUUCACCGUCAACAUCAUCUCUGUCUACAAACAGGGUGAGAGCCGAAUCCGCAGAGGAGACCAGUUUCUGUGGGUCAGAGCCAAGGAUGUGGCCUGCAAGUGCCCAAAGAUCAAACCUGGCAAGAAGUACCUUCUGCUGGGCAACGAUGAGGAUUCCCCUGGACAGAGCGGCGUGGUGGCAGACAAGGGCAGUCUGGUCAUUCAGUGGAGGGACACUUGGUCUCGAAGACUUCGGAAGUUUCAGCAGCGGGAGAAGAAAGGAAAAUGCAAGAAAGCAUAGUGAGGGGAAGAGAGAAAAGGUGGCCAUCCAGAGCCGGACAGAGAACAGACGAGUGUUGGAUGAUAAGGGAAAGGAAGAGGAGAACAAAAGAGGGACUGAACAUCGCUGCUUUAAAUAAAGGCAUGAAGAAUAUAUUAGUGUUUUUUUUUGUUUUGUUUUUUUAAAUAGGAACACGUGUGAAGGAGCUCACGAUGCAGUUUUCAUUUCUUAUUCGUUUCCUUUGAGAUUUGUUUGUUGUUUGCCAAUUUUGCACCUUUGUCCAGUACAGAAAGGUAUUUUAUACCGGCUUCAUAUUUCAGAUCCAUUUGGGAUGUUUUCAGUCUGGAUGAGAAUUAGAUCAAGCCGUAUUUCAGAAUCAAAAAAUGGAAAUAAAAAAAUUAUAAUAAUAAAAUAGCGAUAUAUUUAAAGCAAUAGUCCUUAAAGGAAUAUUCUGGGUUCAACAUGAGUUAAGCUCAAUCGACAGCAUUUGUGACAUAAUGUUGAUUACAACAACCGAGGUUACAGUGAGGCACUUACAAUGGAAGUGAACGGGGGCUAGUCUGGAAUGUUAAAAUACACACUGUUUCAAAAGUAUAGCCACAAGAC